GGAAGUGGCCGCUGAUGACCUAGGACUGACUAUUGUCUGCUGAGAAUACCGCGGCGGUUAAAUAAGCGUAAAAAAUCAGGAUGGAGGCUGUGGCGACUGCGGCGACUGCGGCGACUGCGGCGGCGACUAGGGAACCCGAUGAAGGCUGCACGGGGCCCAGUCCUGGGCACUGGGGAGAGCUGAGCUGGAUGCCAGCUCCAUCCAGACCCCUGGACAAGGAGAAGGCAGUGGAGGGAGUGCCAAGGGCCCUGGACGAUGACCCCCCUGGGGCUGAGAACACAGCAGUGAGUGCUAUGCUGCGUGCCGUGGCUGCCAGCCGCCUGCCCGUAUGCAGCCAGCAGCAGGGAGAACCCGACCUGACUGAGCAGGAGAAGGUGGCCAUCUUGGGCCAGCUGUACCACGAGAAGCCGCUGGUGUUCCUGGAGCGUUUCCGCACGGGCCUCCGCGAGGAACACCUGACCUGCUUUGACCAUUUGCGCGGUGACCAUCGUGCAGACUUCUAUUGUGCCGAGGUGGCCCGGCAGGGCACGGCCCGACCCCGCACGCUGCGCACCCGCCUGCGUAACCGGCGCUACGCUGCCCUACGUGAGCUCAUCCAAGGGGGCGAGUACUUCAGUGAUGAGCAGAUGCGGUUCCGGGCCCCGCUGCUGUACGAGCAGUACAUCGGGCAGUACCUCACCCAGGAGGAGCUCAGCGCCCGUGCCCCGGCCCACCAGCCCCCCAAGCCUGGCUCCCAUGGCACACCCACCUGCCCGCUCUCCGACCUGCUGCUCCAGUCCUACCAGGAGCGGGAGCUGCAGCAACGGUUGCUCCAGCAGCAGGAGGAGGAGGAGGCUUGCCUGGAGGAGGAGGAAGAGGUGGAGGACAGUGACAAGGAAGACCAGAGCCCUGGCAAAGACUCAGAGGCCUGGGUCCCUGACUCAGAAGAGAGGCUGAUCUUGCGGGAAGAGUUCACCAGCCGGAUGCACCAGCGCUUCCUGGACGGCAAGGACGGGGACUUUGACUACAGCACGGUGGACAAUAACCCUGACUUCGACAACCUGGACAUCGUGGCCCGGGAUGAGGAGGAGAGGUACUUCGAUGAGGAGGAGCCUGAGGAUGCGCCCAGCCCAGAGCCAGAUGGAGACUGAUGGUCCCACCACCCUCCCUGCCCCGACCCAAACAAGGCAGCUGGGGGAGGCUGGCUCAGAGACUUUCUCCAGGGCCCCCUGUGCAGCGGUCCCCACCACCAGCCUCACGGGGUCUGGUCCCAUCUGAGGCUGCCCCUCCCCGGUGUCUGCAGUUCUCUUCCUUCCCCCGCAUCCAGCCUUGCUUCCCUGUCUCCAUUGCUGUCUCCCUGGGUUUCUUUCUCUGUCUUUUGGUCACUUUUUCCCCGCCUUUCUGUCUCCUGCUUUCUGUGUCUCCUCUCCACCUCAUCCUUUUUUCCUCACCACCUCUCUGUUCCUCCCCCUCUCUGUGCUUUGGCCUCUGUCCCCACUACAGGGUGAAGGUCCUCCCCUUGAUCAAGGCCAGCAGGGCCCUUUGUAGCUAGAGCUGGCCAGGUUGACACCAGUACCCAACUUGGGGUCGGGCUGACCCUUGGGCCCCAGAGCAGCUCGCCCUCUCCCCCCUCCCGGCCUCUGCCUCUGCCAUUGACCUGUCCUGUUUGUGCAGAGCUCUCCUUGCCUCCGUUCUGCUCCCUUCUGUCUUUCAGCCUUGUGGGCCUGUGGUUCUUCCUGCCAGUCCACUGUGACCUCGGCCUCAGGCUGUCUCUGUGUCUCAGCCUUUAUCUCUCUGGGUCUCAGUGUCGCCCCCACUGUGCCUGCUGAGCGGGACCUCACUGCAGGUUGGGGGAGACCAGAGGUGGCCACAGAUGCCACCUCCCCAUCGGGACCCUGGCCUGGGAGGGGAGAGCAGGUACAGCACUGGGUACCAUGGGCCGCCAGCUAGGGUGUGUGGGGAGGGGAGGGGAGCUCUCCUCUCCCAGCCCACGGCCCCCCUCUGCCCAGCCACAAUUUUCCCUUCGUUCACUUCCUUCACCUCCCCUGUUUACACUCCCCAAAUACUCACAGGCUGUUAUCAUGGGUCCUGAGUCAUCCCACACACACAGGCUGCCCCUCGUCUCUGCCCCCGGCCAGCCACAGGGCCCGCCCCACGGAGCCCCCUGCCUCCCCAGGCUAAUGAGAGCCAGAUGGCCGCCUGGUGACUCAGCCACCGGCCUGUGGGAACCCAGGCGUCCCGCCUUCCCAUGCCCCCACACCCAGCUCACGCUCCCCUAGUAGACACACAUGGAAAAGGGUCAGGGAGGUGGGGCACGUCUCAGUCCUGAGCGCAGGGGCGGGGGCGUCCUUCCACAGCCAAGCCUGAAGGGCCCUCCAGGCUGCCUCUGGGCACAUGGUCCAGACUGAGCAGAGACCCCAGGGCCUCCUGGGGCCAUGCUCUUAACCCCUGGGUCUCAGCUCUGCCCUCCGGGUCAACCAGGAUUAGAGCCAGACACAGAAAGUGAAAGCUGGAUGGGGCCAGGGGACAUUCGAGCUGUUCAGUGAGACUUAAAAAAAAGGCAGGUUGUGGUUUAUGAGCACUUUUAUUUUGUGCCAAGCUCAAGCAAGGUGCCUGAGGCCACAUCGAGUCCUCCAGGCAUCCUUCACCAGGGAUUCAGCUCGUGGAGCGCGCCGGGGAGGCCCAGGAAGGAGGGUGGCCAUCAGAGAUGGAAAUGCAGGGCUAGAACCGCAAAUCCUAGAGAGCCUUCUACUAGCCUGCCUGCCAGCUGUCAGGCCUCUCAGAGCGGACAGGUGACAGACAUCCUCAGGUGGGAAGGUGGGAGAAGAGUUAGCUGCUGGUGAUGCAGUGGGGGCCCUCCUGUCAGCACACAGACGUGACUGAAUCCUCCUGAUGGAGAAGUUGGUACUUGAAUCACAGACAUCCCAGGGUCCUGCGGGCUGCAUGCUAUCAGUGUUGAUGGCCCACCUCCCAGAGGAGGCCCGAGACAACAGCCAGGUAGACUUACGGGAGAGGCCUUUGUCUCCUGGGACUUGUGCUCGGGGCACUCAGGUUGUGGGCAUGCUUGUAUUACAGGCAUCCAUGCACAUUUUUCACCAUCUUAUCAUUCGAUCAUUAAAUUCGUGAUAUACUUUGCCAUACAUAAAUAUGUUUUGUUUCUUAAGUGAUGAGGGACCGUGGUUGAGUAAGAAUUAGGGUGAGUCAGAUGGUGAGGCGGGAGUGUCUAGCUGAGACAGAGGUGGAGCUGG